AUGCUGCCCCGUGUCUCGUCCAUGGUGGCCACGGCCGGCUCUCGUGCCUCCCGAACAUCGUCGUCAUCCAGUGUCCACACCCGCUCGUCGAGCCCCUUCGCCACCCAGGCCUGGUUCUACGAGUCGUUCCUCGCCCACACUGACCAGUACGAACGUCUUGUCGCCACCGGCAGUCCCCGCGUCGGCGUGUCUGCCCUGGCAUCCGUCAGCAGUGUGUUGGGCCUCGUGAACGGCGUCCCGAACGGCAUGGCCAACGGCAUGGCCAACGGCUGUGUUGCCGUUCCCAGCUACCCCACCCACAUCGAGUUCGAACUCCCCGACGCAGCCACCGGUGCCGCCGUCAUCGGUGGUGUCGCGCCCGGCCUCGCGGACGUGAACCACAAAAAGGUUCACACGUGGCCGCUGAGCAAGAAGGAACUCAAAAUGUGGCAGGCCUAG